CGAUCUAGUGACGUCGAAAUCAGUUGAAGAAAGAAUAUCAAAGCUGAUGGAAGACGAGCUGGAUUUGGACGAGCGCGUGACAGCGCAGCAGCCGCUACUGGGACUACACGAUGACGACUACAACCCGAGGAAGAGAUCGAACAAGCCGUGGUACCGGCGCCGUCUAGCCACCGUCACUGGUGUGGUGCUGCUCGUAUGUGGUCUCUCAUACUUGGUUGUAUCCAGUCAAAUCACACGCAUCGCCACCAAGGCCAUCAAGGACACGGUCAUGCACAUUGAGAGGAUGGAUCUAAGCCAGCCACAACCAACCUCUGUAACACUGAACCUCAGUCUGAGUCUCAUGGCGGCGUCCCCGUUCCCAGCGACAGUGGAGCCCGCAAACUUCAGUAUAAAAUAUGAAGGUCUCCAAGUCGGCACCUUCCAAGCCCCCUCCAUGACGAUAACUCAUGGCACCAACAAUCAAAUGUUCCCCAAUGCAACACUAAAAAUUCAGGACAAGAAGGCUUGGGAUCAGUUUGCAGGGGAUAUGAUGAGACGUCCCAGCGUGCAAUACGAGAUCUCCAGUAAAUUGAACAUCCACGUUCGACUACUGGGUGGACUGGUCAAGUUAAGUGCCUCGGGCAUUCCGUUGAACAAAAUGAUGAAAUUCAGCGGAAUGGACGGACUGCGGGACAUGCAGAUCGCUCAAGUUGAUAUGCAACAUUCGACCCAAAAACAAGUAGUGGCGACUAUCAAGACAUGUAUUCACAACCCGUCGGUCACAACGAUCAGACCGGUCGGAGCUCUGUGUCUCAAUGCCCAUUACCCGAAAUUGGGGCAUGAUACGCUUGUGGCACACUUAACGACGUCGGGGAAUACGGGUUUACCGGUUGCAGACGGACAACCGUCGCAUCCGUACUGUGCAUCGCUUCAGGGGCCGACGGAUAUGAGUAAGGGGUACAAUUUACUGGAGCUGCAAGGUGAAAUGUUGGGCACUAACUCGGAAGCGAUUAGCGGAUUGAUUACAAAGUAUCUAAGUAAUGUGUCCGCCGAGCUGACGGUUGUGACGUGUAAUCCCCAGGCGACGUCGGUGGAAUUGUAUAAUGAAGCGAUGAAGAAUUUGACGAUUGAAAGCUCGUUGCCACCUCAAAAAGACCCGUUGGUGGGGAAUAUGUUUUUCCGUGGGAUUUCGUUGCACGCCCCCGAACAAGGCAAGGAGAACGAUGUUGUACAGCUCGACACAGCUGUCCUGGUGGAGGCUACAAGUCCGUUGGGUCCUAACUCGGCGUUGACCAUCACGGAUGUGCACAUGAAUGUCAGUCUCAAAGGUGAGGAUGUGACUUUAGGAACGCUUUCGACUGUCUUUGUUGAUAUUGUUGACGGAGAGCUAGUGGGCCGAAGCAAUAUUUCUGUCGAGUGUCUGACGGAGCUCGACCUUGCGGAAAGAGGAAAAGCAUUCGGCAGAUUCGUUCGUGCAUCCGUUGUUAAGGAGAAGAUUCCGUUAACUCUCGCUGGUAAAAUGGAUGUAGUGUGUCAUGGAGCUCUCGGGACGCUGAAGCUCUCAGGGUUGCCUCUUCGCAUUACUACGUUGCUGAAUGGGAUGAACCAUUUCCAAGAUGUGACAGUGAAGAGUUUUGCGUUACCAGGAACUGGCAGCGCGAUGGAACAUAAAGAACCGAUCCAGACGCAAAUUGAAAUUCGCAAUCCGUCUGUGUUUACAGUGUCCAUCGGUACGCUCACGAUGGACUUAAGUCUGAACGCACCUAGAGAAAAAUUUGGAUCACUUCAUGGCAGAAUGAAUCUGGCCCCAGGCAUGAACAAUCUGGAGAUGAACGGCCACUUAAAGCCUUCAGUAGAUGCCGCGGGGCAAGUGAAUGCUGCCGUGGCGGGAUUUUUCUCUCGUUACCUGGAGGGUAAUAGCUCUCAAGUGGUUGUGAAGCUCACAGGUACUCAAUAUGGUAAUUGUGUGUGGAUGCAAGAGGCUCUGGUGGGGUUGACAAUCGAGACGAGCUUCCCUGGUGUUGACAAGGGUUUCCAGAUGAUUAAGGAUAUUAAGAUGAACCAGCUUGGUGUCAUUCUGGACGAGGCACCACCAGGUGAGAGAGGCCCGGUGACCAAUACACGCAUGCGGGUUCGUACCGACAUGAAAGCCAAGGUGAAGAUGCCAGCCUCUAUCAAUAUGCCUCUGAAGAUUUCGAAUUUAUCUGUUGCGCUCACUCUGGAGAAUGAACACGGCGAUCAUCUCGGUUCGCUUGUGUCUGAUCGAGAAACCUGCGAGUUCAAUCAGACGGAUGACGGAGCUUUUCGCUUGAAUAUGAGUCAUUUCUACCCGAUUGGGUUUAAUACGCACGAAGACGUCACUGGGAUGGCAGGUUUUAUCAAUGCUUUACUUACGAAGAAUGGAAGCAUUAUGAUGCGGCUGGCUAGCGAUAAACGCGCUAAUGAAGGAGCGUUCCCGGAUGUUGAGACGAGAAUGGGGAUGCUUGCUCUUAGCAAUAUUCCGGUUCAAGGUGAGCCGCUUAUUUCAGCGAUGGAUUCUUUUCGCCACCCUCCCGUUAAGGUUCUAAGUGUCAAUAUCCAGCGAGGUUCACCAUCGUCAAUGGUGAUGACGAUGGAGUUUUCUUUGCAAAACCCGUCCAUUGUGCAAACAAAAUUGGGUUCGCUGGUGCUGGAUGUAUUUUCCGAUGGAGCACGAAUGGGUUCUGCCAAGAUCUCGGAUUUCAGUCUCAAUUGCUGCGGCAAACCUACAGUUCUUCGUGGAACGUUCGAGUACAACCCGCAGCCGAGUGACCUCGCCACAGCAGAGAAGUUUCUGUCGAACUUUGUGUGUGGAUACUUCACACACGGAGCUGCCCAGGAGAUUUCAAUUAGGGGGUCUGCUGCGACUACCUCGUUGGAUCUUCUUCAACCAGCGAUGAAGGUCCUUUCGAUCCCUUCCAAGUUGCCUACUUUGAGCGAGUUGUUCCCAGCGACGCCAACUCUUGUCACCUCGUCACUCUUGUACAUUCCGUCGAUUUUUCAUUUGAAUCGGAUUCCGACGUCGCUCGAACUACGGAACCCGUUCAGUGAGAGUAUCACAGUGACAGGAGUGGACUUGGAGCUGUACCCGUGCGAGAUCCAGAUCUCAGGUGAUGACGGCAAACUGGUGUGCAUGAAAUAUUUCGAAAAGUCCCUCGCUCGCUUCGCUCCUACAGUGUUUCAGCCGAUCUAUAUUCCAGCGAACAGCAACGGCUGCUUCUCAUGCUGCCAAGGCUCUCACUGCAGUGACCAUGUGUCGUUGUGCCCACGGGCAUCGGUCGAUCAGUGCAUGAACGCCGAUGUCCAGAGCUUCUUGAGUCCCGAGGCCAUCGCGACAAUUAUUCACUCGCUGACAGGUGGCCUGCUGAUGCGCGUUAACGGUAGCAUCGGCGCAUCGAUCGGUGACUAUGCCACGCACAUGUUCUACCAACAAGACGGACUCUUGGUAACGAUGGCCAAGUAGACCAAGGAACUAUAAAGAGCGGUAAGCGUAGCGCUAAAUGCUGACUGAAUUGCCUGUUUUUUAUUCGAUCGCUUGAUACGUGGUCAAUUUGAUAAUCUCAUAUUUUCUACUGAGUAGAAUCCUUCUUGAAUACUGACGCUGUCCACGUAUAUCCAGAGUGAAUGAACGUACUGGACAAAGAUUGCAUUUGGACACGGUUUUAGUGCUAACCUAGAUCUAAAGUCGACGAUCUAGCUCAACGGGUGGUCGUGCCAUCCCCCACCCAAGCCAAAAGUGUUUAGCGUUGGAAGAAGUGGAGCUCCAGUGGACGUGAGAUCAGCAUCGCCACGACUGUGAAGAUGCAGCCCAAUUCGAAUCCGAUGUCGCCGUGGCUGGCCAGUGGACCGACAAACCAAGUCUGACUCAUACCCAGCGCCACACCCGCACAACCACACAGGAACGAGAAAAUAGCCGCAAUGCCGAUCGGAAGCAUACUCUUGGCGUUGUAGUCGUCAACGUUGUAACCACGGAAGCCUCGUCGAAAGACGAAAUGUUCAGUCAACGCAACAGAGACGUAGAUUGUUGCCCAGUACGCGAUGAAGUUCAUAAAGUUGUUGAGUACCGACUCGAAGUGCGAAUAACCCUCAAUAGCGAUAAUCGCGUACACUAUCGCACCGAUGAGUGCCCAAAGGAAUCGCGGCACCACACGAGUCCAACGACCGAUCACCUUGAUAUUGAGCGUGAAUGAAUACACAUUCGGGCAGUUGUUUGCAACUGUUGACAGCGCCAUGAUAACCAAGCAGAAGCGUCCAAAGUCUCCCAGAUGAGGAAUCAACACGGCACCGAUCAAUCCUCCAGCACCGGAAUCGUUGUAGCCGUUCAGAUAGAUGUUAUCCGUGGCAGUUGGGUCGAGUCCCGUUGCCGACAUGAUGAUAACAGAGAUCCACUCGGUGAAGACUGAAGGGAAGAUCAAUCCCAGCCAAGUGGCGAAGAAAAUCUUGCGUUUGCUCUCGGUCGGCGGGUGGUAAACUGUGUAGUCUGCCGCCAUAGAACUCCAACUAAUGGCCGUUCCGAACACGACAGAGAAGAAACUCAACGCUCCUGACACCUCUGCACUUCCACUCCCCAUCGGAAUGUGAACAUACGCCCCAGAAUGAAUAAAAGUACCCAACAGAAUCAAGUACACGAUGAAAUUUGGGAUCCACGAGUAUCGUUCAUAGUAGUGAACGACUUUGUAUCCGAAGAGGGUGAUGAGGAACGUGCAGAACGCGAUGAUGAUGAUUCCAGCCCAACCAGGGACAUCGUUGUUAGCUGCAUGGAUCAAUUCAGCACCAACGAUCACGUUCACUGUAGCCCAACCCAGUCCAGAAACACAGGCAAUCGCAGAUACUACACGAAUCCCAUACGAGCCGAACCAGAAGCGACCGAGGAUCAUUUGACGCAGUCCGAACACUGGUCCGAAGCACGAGAAGAAGCACACUGGGAAGACUCCAAGUAAGUUUGCGAAAAGAAUCACCAGCAUCGAGUCUAUGACGCCCAUUCCGUAGAUGGCUUUGCCCAGGAUUCCUACCGCAAAGUGACCCAUGACCAUGUUUGGUGACAACCACAUAGUGCACACGUUGACAAGGGAUGUAUCGUAACGCUCGUCCUCGGGGACGCGUUCGAUGCUGCGAGGCUCCAUGUAGUUUUUCUCAGCCCACCGCUGUGCGCGUGCAUACCAGGUGUCUCCAUUCUCGUACUCGACGAGGACGUCAGCGUCGGUAUCGAAUUGAAAGUAAGAAUUGGCAGAGUUCUUCUCCAGAUCGACUUCUUGGAUGUGCGCCAUGGCGUCGCUACAGUCUCUCGGCUACGUGGACCCGGACGAGCGAGAGAAGACUGAAUGGCAGCGACAGAAUUGUAGGGUGCAAAAGCAAAAAUGAGCUUGCCGUCCUUGCAGCUUGGUGGGGCCAAGGUGAGAGCGGUGGUGUACGAUAGACGUCACACGGAGUGCUUUGCGCACAUGCGGACACGUUACCUGUGGCCAAUGAACAGAUCUCCCGACGGUAUGACGCGCUGGUCGAUUGAAGUACAGCGCUUCCUUUGUUAUCAGGUUGUCUUGAUCUUGUGCGCUAGUCACGGCAUUCAGACAAUUCGGAAUUUGCCGAUGUCCCACACCGAGACUUGCAUGCAAAAUGGGCUGGCAAUUUGCUGCUGAGAUGACUGCUACAGGUACUGUAUCACCACUGUGUUUCGGGCCGUGCGAAUGGAGCUCUUGAAUUCUGCUGUAUUGCCGCGAGAGGCUACGAAUUUAAACGAGCUGCUGGAGUGAUGUAAGCAUGAAGCACUUUGUAGUCAGCCUCCGUCGCGAUGUGACCUCAGACGACGAUACCAAGCGACUGCUAUUGGCCGGUUGCACAGUGAUGCACGGCGACGGCUUUGGUCGACCUCCGGAAGCGCUUUAUCCCAUCAAAGGUAAUUUACAUGUAUGGAUGCAUGUAUCGCUUUAUCUUUUCACACUUGCCCUUCGUCCUAGAAGUUUAAAGACGAAGGGCAAGUGUGGUCAAAGUUUGAGUACGCGGUGUCUUGCUGCUAAUAUCUACUGCAACUUCCCGAACUUGCCAUUCGCUUUAUAUUAA